AGGGUGCUUCUGAGACCCUGGCUCGAGAACCUCAUCGAGUCUCAGGUGGUCCACGGGCUCGAAUGGCUCGACCAGAAACAGCUCAUAUUCAAGAUUCCAUGGAAACAUAGGUCGAAGAAGUCCUGGUCAGUUGAACAUAGCAGUGUCUUUCUGGAGUGGGCCCGCAAUACUGGCCGAUGGACACCUGGAGACCCCGAGCCAAACUACGCACAGCUGAAGACCAGGCUCAGAUGCGCUUUCAACAAGGCUCCAGAUAUUUUGGAGAUCAAAGAGAUGCACAAGACUAAAUGCGAGGAGGCAUACAAGGUCUACAGGUUUAUCCCCAAAGAGAGUCAGUGCUCUUUAAUAAUUAUCAUUUCUCCUAAAUUAUAA